AUGGUCCUCAAUCUGCAGGAGAAGCGCAGUCGCAACGAACUGAGCUUCUUUAAAGCAUUCAGCAAAGCGAAAGUCGAUGCCGGGGAUACUGGACAACCGUUAGAAGAGCCACUUCGAGGUCAUGAAGAUGAAGUCAAGGCGGUUGCAUUUUCUCCAGACGGCUCCAAAUUUGUCUCCGGAUCGGAAGACAACACGAUUCGACUAUGGGACGUAGGAACGUCUCAGCUGUUGGGAGAGCCACUCAGAGGUCAUGAAGACGAAGUCACAGCGGUUUCAUUCUCGCCAGACGGCUCCAGAACCGUCUCUGGUUCGGCCGACAUGACAAUUCGACUAUGGGAUGCACGCAUUGGUCAGCUGUUGGGAGAGCCACUUCGAGGUCAUGAAGGGUCUGUAGAUUCAGUCGCAUUCUCGCCAGAAGGCUCCAGAAUUGUCUCUGCCAUUGGAGAGCCACUUCGAGGUCAUGAAGGGUCUGUCGAUGCGGUCGCAUUCUCGCCGAACGGUUCCAGUAUAGUCUCUUGCUCGUGGGACAAAACGAUUCGAUUGUGGGAUGCAGAGACUUGUGAGCCGUUAGGAGAGCCACCCCAAGGCCAUGAAGACUAUGUCAUGGCAGUCGAAUUCUCACCAGAUAGCUCCAUGAUUGUCUCUUGCUCAUGGGACAAAACGAUUCGAUUGUGGGAUGCGGCGACUGGUCAGCCAUUGGGGGAGCCACUUCGAGGCCAUGAACACUAUGUCAUGGCUGUUGGAUUCUCGCCAGACGGCUCCAGAAUCGUCUCUGGCUCAUGGGACAAGACAAUACGAAUAUGGGAUGCGAGAACUGGACAGCCAUUUGGAGAGCCACUCCGAGGUUACCUCCGCUAUGUCACGGCGGUCGCAUUCUCGCCAGAUAGCUCCAGAAUCGUCUCUGGCUCGUGGGACAAGUCGAUCCGACUGUGGGAUGCGGCGACUGGUUGGCCGUUGGGAGAACCUUUUCAAGGUCAUGAACACUAUGUAACGGCAGUUGCUUUCUCACCUGAUAGCUCCAAAAUUGUCACUGGCUCGUGGGACAAGACAGUUCGAUUGUGGGAUGCGACGACUCGUCAGCCAUUUGGGGAGCCACUUCGAGGCCAUGAAAGGGAGGUCACCACUGUUGCGUUCUCGCCAGAUGGCUCCAAAAUUGUCUCUGGCUCGGAUGACAAGACGAUUCGACUGUGGGACAUGGGGUCCGGCCAGUUGUGGGAAAGCCACUACAAGGUCAUGAAUUACGGCUCCAGAAUCAUCUCUGGCUCGACCGACAUGACAAUUCGAUUAUGGGAUACGGGGAGUAGUCAGCCAUUGGGAAAGCCGUUCCGAGGUCAUGAACACUAUGUCGCAACAGUCGCAUUUUCGUCAGACGGCUCAGCAAUUGUCUCUGGCUCAUCAGACAGGACGAUCAACUAUGGAAUGCACAGACCAAUUCACACACAAAUACCUCCAGAGAUGAUGGUGGGAUGUCCUCAAAUUCGCGCUUAA